AUCACAGACAUUGCCUAGCCUGUGCCUGUCCAUUCUUGUCCAAGCUGGUUGUGCUCUCCCGCCCCAGCCCCAAGCAACUGGGGGGCCCAGCCCCAUGUGGUGGAUCUGCGCAGCGACACGGUGACCAGGCCCAGCGCGGCGAUGAGACAGGCCAUGGCCCAGGCCGAGGUGGGGGAUGAUGACUAUGGGGAGGACCCGACAGUCAAUGAGCUCCAGCGCUUGGCCGCCCAGCUCCUAGGAAUGGAGGAAGCUUUGUUUGUGCCAACGUCGACCAUGGCAAACCUCAUUGCUGUGAUGUGCCACUGCCAGCGCAGGGGGGCUCAGCUGCUCGUCGGGAGGGAGGCCCAUCUGCACGUCUUCGAACAGGGCGGGGUUGCUCAGGUAGCUGGGGUCCAUUCCCAGGUGCUACAGGAUCUGCCAGAGGGCACCUUGGACCUCGACAAGCUGGAGUCGACAGUCCGUGCGGGUUAUGGCAGCCGGUACCACCCUCGCUCAGUGCUCGUCUGCCUGGAGAACACCCACAGCUCUGCAGGGGGCCGGGUGCUCCCCCUUGCCUACCUCAGGGAGGUGCGCCUGCUUGCUGACCGCUACGGGCUGCACAUCCACAUGGACGGGGCGCGGCUGAUGAACGCAGCCGUGGCCCAAGGCGUGGCCCCAGCUCAGAUCACCCAGCACUGCGACUCCGUCUCCCUCUGCUUCUCCAAGGGGCUGGGUGCCCCGGCCGGGGCGCUGGUUGCUGGGUGCAGAGAGUUCGUGGCAGAGGCUUGGCGCAUGCGGAAGCUGCUUGGUGGAGGGAUGCGCCAGGCAGGAGUGCUGGCGGCCGCUGCCCGCGUAGGGCUGGAGCGCAUGGAGGAGACACUGCAGAGAGACCACGGCAACGCCCGCAGCUUCGCCCAAGGCGUCUGGGAGCUUGGCUCGCCCAUCUGCUCCGUCGACCCCUCGACCGUGGAGACCAACAUGGUGCUGGUGAAGGUGGCUGUGCCCUGGCUGUCCCCUGAGAAGCUGUGUGAGCGCAUGCAGGCGGUGAGCGAGGAGGAGGUGGCUGAGACGGGGCGUGCUGUCAGCGUGCGGCUGUUCCCGUGGGCCGCGCGCUCCCUGCGGGCUGUCUGGCACUGUGACGUCUCCGCACAGGACACCCAGCUGGCAGCCAACAAGCUGAAAUUUGUGGCCGAGCAGUGCUGGCGGGAGCGAGGUGCUGCACCCUAGAGCAGGCAGGAGGGGUGCGCCCGGACCAGACAGGAGAGCGCUCCUGCCUCUGCUGCUGGCUGCCAAGCCAGAGCGAACAUCCCAGCGCCAGCCAGGGGCCCACCCUGCCCAGCCCUCUGCUUGCCUGUCGACACUCCACCGGCCCAGCCAGAAGCCACUCACAGCUCCAAACACGGGAGCAGGCCAGUGACCCCUGUGGCCACAGUGCUCCUGCCAGCUGACUCAGGGCCUUGGCCCCUCUUCCCACAAUGCCUCUGGAGCUAUCCCACAAUCUAGGGUGCAGCGGGCGUGGGGGCAAGGCCGGGAGCCGCAGGCUUCCUGCCCAUAGGGAUGUGCGCUAUGGUCCAUGCACACAGGGCAGCGUGACCCAACUGCGCUAGGGUUCGAGGGACCGUGUGAGGAUCUACACCCUGGAGCCUGUUGUGAGGCUGCAGGGCUGGACGUGCUGGCGGAGCCUGCGGCGCUCAGGGCCUUUGCUGGCCCAGCAGGUUUGCACCCAUUGGGCGCUGGAGCUGGCAGCCAGGUCCCCUCAGGUGCCAGGUGGGCAGCUUCCUUCAGGCAUUGAAUCCCGCUGUGCCUCCUGGGUGCCCGUGACCCCAUGCCCCUGGAUCGGCGCGGUCUGCCCGUGGGCUCUGGGCCGAGUUGAAGGUGUUGGUUAUGACCCACAAAGCCCUAAAUGGCCUGCCGGAGGAUUGACCCUGCCCAUGCCGUGCUGGGCCCCAGUGAUACGCGAGGGGGUGGCUGGCAGGGCAUUCCCCAGGCGGGUCCGGAGCCCCUGGAACGUGCUGUGAAGUAGCCCCCCUUGGGGGCAUGCUGAGAGCCCUGGGGCACGGGGGCUUGCAGGGGAGGCUGAAGGGGGCUGCUGGGGCAGCCCACGAUGGAGUCGCCGGAGUUCCUGGUUGAACACUCCUGGGCUGGCUGCAGUUGGGGGUUGAUGUCGAGGUGCCUGGAGCCGUGCGGCGGCUGCUCCGCUUCCUUGCGGCUAAAUAAAGAACAAGCUCCUGGCCUGGCUCAGGGGUUUGUCUGCUAAA